CUCUCUGUGUACAUAGUACAACGUGCCAGUGACUCCGGUAGUUGACAUUUAUCAGAGGCUGCUUUGGGGCUCACAUCAUUCAUUUGACCUGGCGUGGGAGCCGAUAAUCAUAGACAGCAAAAGGGAUUCUGACAUGCACUUUCAGAAAUCUCCGAAGGAAAAGGUGUGUUACCCUCUUCCCACAGUGAAGAAACUCCUGGAGCAGAAGAGAAAGAGAGAAACCUCCACCUCAGCACCUCCAUCCUGCUCGACAGCAUCUUAUACUGCUAGUGGAGCAGCUUCUGUCCCAGUGUUGGCAUCAGUACAAUCUCCUACAGCUGGAACCAGUGUAAGCUACACAGACAUGGCAGCAGUUCGAUACAACAGAUGGGAUGUUUCCAGCAUUCAUCAGCAGUGCAGCGCGUUCCCAUUCAUGUCCAGCUCUUCCAGCGCACCAAACUUUACUCAGACUGGACAGACACUUCCCAGUGCCUACAGCCCGCAGCAAAUCCAAGACUGCCAGGAUGCCCAGACAACACAGCUAUACUCUUUAACAGAGUGCCCUGUAACUGCAGCAGUGACUGACCUGACUGUAUCGGUCCCGGUUCAGAGCUCAGGCUUGUGUUGGCCAUCUGAGUCCCGAGUGGGGGAUCACUCAAGCCCGUACGGCCUCCAGGAGUACAGACCACAGAUGGACAUGGUGAAGCUGCAGGAGGCUCGAGUCUUCCUGCAGAGCAUGGAUUACAGCAGAACCACCUGGCAGGACGAUGAUGGAGACACCAUUUUACAUAUCUAUACUGCCAAAGGCCUGAGGGAAUAUGCAUUUGCUGCAGCAGAGAAACUUCAUGGACUGGGGAAGCUGGACUCCAAAGAACACAAGGGCAAGACUGCUUUGCUGGUGGCUGUAACUGCCAAUCAACCAGACAUAGUCCAGGAUUUACUCUAUCUUGGGGCAGACAUCAGCAUCUGUGACGUCAAUGGUCAAACCGCUCUUCAUCUUGCAGCAACGUAUGGUUUCCCUCGGGUCAUGCAGGUUAUUCUCUAUGCUGGACGCCGUAUGGACCUGGAGGCUCGUAAUUUUGAAGGUCUGACUCCUCUGCACUGUGCAGUGAUCUCUCACAGUGCCACGAUGAAGGCUAUAAACGCCUCCUCCUCCUCCUCAACAUGGCUGGCUGAUGGCAGUCUACAGAAUCAAGCAGAAGAUAAACUUAUGUGCUUGCGGCUUCUUAUAAAUGCCGGAGCUUCAAUUCUCAGUCAGGAAAUCAAAAGCAACAAGACAGUUCUUCACCUGGCAGUGAAGGAGGGGAAUAUCCAUCUUGUGCGCGUCCUUCUAGCCCAUCAGCUCCCUAAUAUGCAGGAGUUCAUCAACUUAAAAGCUCAUGGGCACACUGCUCUACACAUGGCCGCAGGUCUGCAUGGAAAUCCCUAUCAGGAGGAACUGAUCCAGCUGCUGCUGAAACAUGGUGCUGAUCCCAGCAUCCGCAACCUGGAAAAUGACCAGCCCGCACAUUUACUGCAGAGCGGAGACAAAGGAGAGAGACUCAAGCUCCUCUUGAAGAAGAAAAGUGCCUCCUCUAGGCGGCGUAUUGCAUCCUUACAGGAUCAAGAGUGACUAGGACUGAUUUUCAGUUCCGGCGUUCCCCACCUUCUCCAAUAGAGAUGCAGUUAUCUGGAUUAAAUCACAGUAGGCACACGAAACAACAAUUUUAAAACAUUUUAUCCUCACAUUAUAUAACUUCCCAUUAGGAUUUGAUUGGCUGAAUGGAUCUUUUACAGAGAAUUAUAAUCCAAAGUAUACACAUCCACCCAGCAUGUGUAUUUAUAAUUAAGCAAUUAAAACUAGGUGCACUUGGGCUUAAAGACAUCCAAAAUGAAAGUUAAGUCAUUAUUUUAUCACCAUCUACUUUUACAAAUAUUUUUGAGCUUCUCUCUUCUGUUGAACACAAAGAUAUUUUGAAGAAUGUUGAAAACCUGUCGUCAUCGACCACCGAAGCAUGUUUUCCCCAGUGUGGAAGUCUGCUUUCAUCCUAAGCGAAUCUUUCAAGUAUUUGCAAACAAGAAAAAACACUAGCACUUUAUAUUAACUACACACUAAGAAUAAUUUUUU